CCCCGAGUGACCCGGACGUGCAACCGAGGCCCGUUGCCCUGACUGCAGCCUCUCCUUCCUGUAAGACCGGUUGAGGAAGUGAAUUUUUCGCUGACAGGGUUGGGUUCACUGAGGGAGAGGCGAACAAAAACAUCUUCCGCGGGGGGACCGAGGGAAAAAAAAAAAAAACCCAACAACAACAAAAAAAAAAAAGAAACCCCAAGAAGCAAGAGGAGCGGUCUGACAAAGCAUUCGAAGGCUAUAAGGCGUACAGUCACCGCUGAAAUCGCGCCCCCCUGUCCCGCUGACACCGCCGCAGACAUGAGUGAACAGCAACUGGACUGCGCCCUAGACCUGAUGAGGCGUCUGCCGCCUCAACAGAUCGAGAAGAACCUCAGUGACCUCAUUGACCUGGUACCGAGUCUGUGCGAGGACCUUCUCUCCUCUGUGGACCAGCCCCUGAAGAUUGCCCGGGACAAGGUGGUGGGAAAAGACUAUCUUCUCUGCGAUUACAAUCGGGAUGGUGACUCCUACAGGUCUCCGUGGAGUAAUAAAUAUGAUCCUCCCAUCGAAGACGGUGCCAUGCCUUCAGCUCGCUUGAGGAAACUGGAGGUCGAAGCCAAUAACGCCUUUGACCAGUACAGAGACCUGUACUUUGAGGGUGGUGUGUCAUCAGUAUACCUCUGGGAUUUGGACCACGGCUUCGCUGGUGUUAUUCUCAUCAAAAAGGCUGGAGAUGGCUCCAAAAAGAUCAAAGGGUGUUGGGACUCCAUCCAUGUGGUGGAGGUGCAGGAGAAGUCCAGCGGACGUACUGCUCACUACAAACUCACCUCCACCGUCAUGUUGUGGCUCCAGACGACCAAAAGCGACUCUGGUACCAUGAACCUGGGCGGCAGUCUCACAAGACAAAUGGAAAAAGACGAGACGGUCGGAGAGUCCUCGCCCCACAUUGCCAACAUCGGCCGCCUUGUUGAAGAUAUGGAGAACAAGAUUCGCUCCACACUGAAUGAAAUCUACUUUGGGAAGACUAAGGACAUUGUCAACGGACUUAGGAGCGUUACGUCUCUGGCCGACAAGUCAAAGCAGGAGGCUCUCCAAAGCGAACUGUUCAAGGCGCUCAAACUGAAAAACCAAAGCUAGAGAUGCUGCCGUUGUCGUCCGUCUCUCUCCCGUCGUCUCUUCCCUCGUUUCUUUCACUCUUCUCCCUCGCCACCUCCUGCACUCUCGGGAAGAGAAAAACGAAAACAAAAACACAAUUGAGGAAAUAAAAGAGA